GGCCAAGGUGGCAGGCCGCCGCUGCCCCACCCCCUGUGGAGUGAGGCGGUCCGAACCCGGGAAGCUGGGUGGCUGCGUCCCCUUUCUUGGGGGAAGUUGGUGUAGUUUUCGCGGCCGAGGACUCGACGCACAAACUUCCUCCGCCCCCCUCCCCCCUCUUCAUGCAGGCGACGCCUAGCGAGGCUGAUGCUGGGGGCGAAUCGUCGCAGAGCUGCGUGUCGGUAGCUCACUCUGAUUGGACAGUGCGGAAGCCUAUCAGUUUAUUGGCCCCGCAGAUCCCGCCCCGUAGCUCAGGGCAGCCUUUACCCUUUGGCCCCAGCGGGCGCCAGCCACUCAGAUCGCUUCUUGUUGGUAUGUGUAGCGGCAGUGGCCGCCGGCGGAGCAGUCUGAGCCCGACGAUGAGGCCGGGGACAGGAGCUGAGCGUGGAGGCCUCAUGGUGAGUGAAAUGGAGAGCCAACCUCCGUCGCGGGGUCCCGGGGACGGGGAGCGGAGAUUGUCCGGCUCAAGCCUGUGCUCCAGCUCUUGGGUCUCUGCUGACGGCUUCCUGAGGAGACGGCCCUCGAUGGGGCAUCCUGGCAUGCAUUAUGCACCAAUGGGAAUGCACCCUAUGGGUCAGAGAGCUAAUAUGCCUCCUGUACCUCAUGGAAUGAUGCCACAAAUGAUGCCUCCUAUGGGAGGGCCUCCAAUGGGACAAAUGCCUGGAAUGAUGUCUUCAGUAAUGCCAGGAAUGAUGAUGUCUCAUAUGUCUCAGGCUUCCAUGCAACCUGCCUUACCGCCUGGAGUAAAUAGUAUGGAUGUAGCAGCAGGUGCAGCAUCUGGAGCAAAAUCAAUGUGGACAGAACAUAAAUCACCUGAUGGAAGGACUUACUACUACAAUACAGAAACAAAACAGUCUACCUGGGAAAAACCAGAUGAUCUUAAAACACCUGCUGAGCAACUAUUAUCUAAAUGUCCAUGGAAAGAGUACAAAUCUGAUUCUGGAAAGCCUUAUUACUAUAAUUCUCAAACAAAAGAAUCCCGCUGGGCCAAGCCUAAAGAACUCGAAGAUCUUGAAGGAUACCAGAAUACCAUUGUUGCUGGAGGUCUUAUUACAAAAUCAAACCUGCAUGCCAUGAUAAAAGCUGAAGAAAGCAGCAAGCAAGAAGAAUGUACCACAACAUCAACAGCCCCAGUUCCUACAACAGAAAUUCCCACCACUAUGAGCACCAUGGCUGCUGCAGAAGCAGCUGCCGCUGUUGUUGCAGCAGCCGCAGCUGCUGCAGCUGCCGCAGCCGCAGCCAAUGCUUCUACCACAUCUGCUAAUACUGUGGGAGCUGUUCCAGUUGUUCCUGAGCCUGAAGUUACUUCUAUUGUUGCUACUGUUGUAGAUAAUGAAAGUACAGUAACGCUGUCAACUGAGGAACAAGCACAACUUACUAAUACCACAGCUAUUCAAGAUCUAAAUGUUGACCUUUCCAGUAAUACUGGAGAGGAAACAUCAAAGCAAGAAACUGUAGCUGAUUUUACUCCUAAAAAAGAAGAGGAAGACAGCCAACCAGCAAAAAAAACAUAUACAUGGAAUACAAAGGAGGAGGCAAAACAAGCAUUUAAAGAAUUAUUGAAAGAAAAGCGGGUACCCUCCAAUGCUUCUUGGGAGCAAGCUAUGAAAAUGAUCAUUAAUGAUCCAAGAUACAGUGCUUUAGCAAAGUUGAGUGAGAAAAAGCAAGCCUUUAAUGCCUAUAAAGUCCAGACAGAGAAAGAAGAAAAAGAAGAAGCAAGAUCAAAAUAUAAAGAAGCUAAGGAAUCCUUUCAACGUUUUCUUGAAAAUCAUGAGAAAAUGACUUCCACAACCAGAUACAAAAAAGCAGAGCAAAUGUUUGGAGAGAUGGAAGUUUGGAAUGCAAUAUCAGAACGUGAUCGUCUUGAAAUCUAUGAAGAUGUUUUGUUCUUCUUGUCAAAAAAAGAAAAGGAACAAGCAAAGCAGCUACGAAAGAGAAAUUGGGAAGCCUUAAAAAAUAUACUUGACAAUAUGGCUAAUGUAACCUACUCUACUACUUGGUCUGAAGCCCAGCAGUAUCUGAUGGAUAAUCCAACUUUUGCAGAAGAUGAGGAGCUACAGAAUAUGGAUAAAGAGGAUGCAUUAAUAUGCUUUGAGGAACACAUUCGGGCUUUAGAAAAGGAAGAAGAAGAAGAGAAACAGAAGACUCUGUUGAGAGAAAGAAGACGACAGCGUAAAAAUAGGGAAUCUUUUCAGAUAUUUUUAGAUGAAUUACAUGAACAUGGACAGCUGCAUUCUAUGUCAUCUUGGAUGGAAUUGUAUCCAACUAUUAGUUCUGACAUUAGAUUCACUAACAUGCUUGGUCAGCCUGUUUUUUCAUUAGGAUCAACUGCACUUGAUCUUUUCAAGUUUUAUGUUGAGGAUCUUAAAGCACGUUAUCAUGAUGAAAAAAAGAUAAUAAAAGACAUCCUAAAGGAUAAAGGAUUUGUAGUUGAAGUAAACACUACUUUUGAAGAUUUUGUGGCAAUAAUAAGUUCAACCAAAAGAUCGACUACUUUGGAUGCCGGAAAUAUCAAGUUGGCUUUCAAUAGUUUACUAGAAAAGGCGGAAGCCCGUGAACGUGAAAGAGAAAAAGAAGAAGCCCGAAAGAUGAAACGAAAAGAAUCUGCAUUUAAGAGUAUGUUGAAACAAGCUACUCCUCCAAUAGAGUUGGAUGCUGUCUGGGAAGAUAUUCGGGAGAGAUUUGUAAAGGAGCCAGCAUUUGAGGACAUAACUCUAGAGUCUGAAAGAAAAAGAAUAUUUAAAGAUUUUAUGCAUGUUCUAGAGCAUGAAUGUCAACAUCAUCAUUCAAAGAACAAGAAGCAUUCUAAAAAGUCUAAAAAACACCAUAGGAAACGUUCCCGGUCUCGAUCGGGAUCAGAUUCAGAUGAUGAUGACAGCCAUUCAAAGAAAAAAAGGCAACGAUCAGAGUCCCGUUCAGCUUCAGAACAUUCUUCUAGUGCUGAGUCUGAGAGAAGUUAUAAGAAAUCAAAAAAGCAUAAGAAGAAAAGCAAGAAGAGGAGACAUAAAUCUGACUCCCCAGAAUCAGAUACUGAACGAGAAAAGGAUAAAAAAGAAAAAGACCGGGAAAGUGAAAAAGACAGAACUAGACAAAGAUCAGAAUCAAAACAUAAAUCACCUAAGAAAAAGACUGGAAAGGAUUCUGGUAAUUGGGACACUUCUGGCAGUGAACUGAGUGAAGGGGAAUUAGAAAAGCGCAGAAGAACCCUUUUGGAACAACUGGAUGAUGAUCAAUAAAUUAUACCAAAUAUAUGUUUAUAGUAUGAUUUAAAGUCUAAUUCAGACCAGGGACUAUUUUAAGUUCGAUUUACAUAACACUGGGUUUUAACUGUAUCACAGGAAAAAAAAGUGCAUUUAAGUAUUGUUAUUGUGGACUUUAUAAAAGCAAAGGAAAUUGAAAAUAACUUUUGAUUCUGUAUCAAGAAUCAUAUUUUCCUACGGUCAUAACUGUCUUUCUGUGUCCCUUUCAUAGGGCUCUGCAGGAUGGAUUAAAGGUGGCAAUUUACUGAUAACUGCAGAUGUCUCUACUUUGUUCUAAGUCAUGAGGUGAUUUGAUUUACUUUAUAGAAGUUGGAUUUUGAAGAUAAUGAAAAGAAUUUUGAUAAUGUAGUACAAAAAAAGCACCAGCAACCAAUAAGACUGCUUUUUUGUGCACUUCCCAACAGGUUAAAGCCAAUGUGAUCUUUUAUGGUGAGCUCUUAAGAAAUAAGUGUUUUUGAUGGAAACUUGGUAGACCCUUAACCGUAGUGGUGCUAAUAAGCACUGCUGUAAUAAAGCCACCAUUAUUUUUUAUGAAACAUCUGAAGACAUUUUAAAAAGGCUUAUGAGGGCAUUAUUUUGAGCAUCUAUUUUGAGGUGAUGUUUUUAAAAGGCUAACAUCAAAUCAAAUUGUAAAUGAGUUUAAAUAUAUUGCCUUAAGGACCUACUAAAGAAUGUGCCACCAACCUUUGAGUGAUAGUUGAAAUAUCCUUGUCAAAAAAAAUCAAUGUUAACUUAAAACAAUUUCUUUAAACAGCUGUCUUAUCUUUUUUUUUUAAAUCCAGUCUUUCUCUUGCGCUUUUUUUUUCUUUUUUAAAUUCCACUGAGGGGGUCUUUUGCCUUCCCUACUCACUGAGAAGUAUUGACUUCAUGGUACACAUUCUAAAGCAUUUCUGAUUUGAAUAUUUUUGUACAUUUUUAUCAAUUAUUAAACCUUCUCUUCUAGUGUGUA